AUGCCAGUAUCCUCGCUACAUAUUCUGGAUUUCAGCUUUUCAAAUCCUUAUACACUUACACUUGAUCCGUAUGGCCCAUUUGCUGUUCUAUAUCGACUCUGGUUUUCAAGAUGCGGGUCAGUAUCAGAGAAAGACCUCUCAAAUUACGCCAACAAGAGAGUCCUUAUUACUGGCGGAACCAGUGGGUGUGGGUUGGAGUGCACGAAGGCAUUCGCUCGUGCCGGUGCCCAUGUAAUCGUGACAGCAAGGAAUAGGGAAAAGGGCGAAGUUCUGAGAGAAAAAAUCAUGAAAGAAACAGAGCCUCUCCAUAUUACACCCAAAUUCGACGUCUUGGAAUUGGAAAUGGGUUCCGAAGAUUCUAUCACGGCUUUUAAUGCUCGCCUGCAAGAGUACCCGUCUCUAGACUUAGUGAUCUUGAACGCAGGCAUCUACCAAACCGAAUUUGUCGUAUGCGAAAACACAGGAAGGGAACAGACACUACAGGUCAAUCUUCUAAGUAAUUGCGCUACGGCACUGCUCGCCAUCCAGCUGUUACUGCGACAACCAACGCAAGGUCGUUUAUUGAUUAUCUCAUCCGAGGCGCAUGCAUGGGCAAAUCCUCAGCAAAAGUCAUUCACCGCCUUGAUGGAAAUGCUCAACCAGUCAGAUACAUAUCCCUGUUAUGCAAGAUACCACAUCAGUAAGUUACUGGUCAUCCUAUGGAUGCAGGAGCUGGCACGCAGAAUAGAUCCAGCACGUGUGCUCAUAGCGUCCGCCACACCCGGAUUCUGCCGCAGCGGACUUUUCCGUUCGUUUAAUGGUAAGACUAUCGCCAAUUAUUUGGAGAGGCUACUUUGCCGGACCCCUGAUCAGGGUGCAUGGCAGUAUCUCACGGCGAUCGAACGCAUGAACACAGCAGUGCAUGGCUGCUUCUUCGCAGAUGGAAGAUUUAGGCCGUCAUCGGCCGCGGCAACACUGGCUAGGGAAGAAGGGCUAUGUGAUUCUAUGUGGGAUAAUGUCCUUAAAAUGUUGCCUGAAUGCGCCCAACAUGUAGCCCAUGACUUGUCUAUCUAG